AUGCCUUAUGUCUGGAACCCCGAAGCCCUGGAGAAACUCGAAGUCAGUUCUUGGGAUGAAGUAAGGGCACGAGGUGAGAAGGGGCUUGCUAUGAAAGAAGCACGAGAACGGACAAAGAGGCAGGCAAAGGUCGAAAAAGUCCCUCUGGGACAUAGGACGUCGGAAAAUGAGACUCCUAGUACUUCUGGUUGGAAAGCCAUAAACAUUCAUGAGAAGGAAUCGGCCCCAGGACAAAAUAUACAAUCAAAGGAGAACGCCAAGAAGCGAAAGCAUGAAGAUAAGGCCCAGGGUGCGGAUGCGAAGCGUCCACGGGUUGGAGGCGAUUGA